CAGAUCGUGAUUUCAAAAUGAGUUUACCAAUAUUGCAGCCUCAUCUUAUUGUUGGUCUUGAACCAACGAUUCGUGGUAAUAUUCACUAUCUUUCUGAUGAUGAUAUCGUAUAUCCCGUAGGGUGCGUAGUGGCAGUGCAUAAUAUUAACACCAAGAAACAAAGGUACAUUAAAUUAUCAGAUAAAGGAAAGAAUUUAACACAUUUACUGGUCAGCCCUAACAAGAAAUUGAUAGCCAUCGCCGAAACAACCGACAAAUUACCAGUGAUAACACUCUGGAUCCAGCCCUCUUUAGGAAAAAGAAAACCAUAAAUUUGCCUCAAGAUAAAGACAUUGUAUGUAGCCGGUAUGCUUGCUUGGAAUUUACGUACGAUUCUAAAUUUAUCGUUUGCGUAACAGCAGAACCGGACUGGACCUUCUAUGUUUUCAAAUGCGACAAAGGUAAACUAGAGAGCUUCGCAAGGGCUAACAAUCUUAACGGGACAGGAACUGUUGUACAGGUUGCUUGUAACCCAAAUGACGUCAAUCAAAUAGCAGUUUGUGGCGAGCAAGUACUGCGUUGUCUAGGAUGUGUCGACUUUACCUGGCGACAGUUCGGCUACAACAAACUAGAUCCCUGUCAUUACACGAGCUGCUGUUGGUUAAGUCAAGACCGACUAAUCGUGGGAAGCUAUAGAGGCAAAAUCAUGAUUUUGGAAACUGGGGAAAUUAGGGGCGUUUUUCAUGCGUCGGAUCUUCCGCUGAUAAACAUGAAACUAAAAGAGGAAGAAGAAGGGGAUCUACCCGUCAAUCCAUCUUUAUACGACAUGUUCGGCGUAGGUGACGACCAAACUGAGUGCUGGGAAAUCCGUUGCAUAGUCAACAUUAGCAGAGGCUUCGUCAUGGGAUACUUGAACGGAAAAGUCCACUUUUACGAAAAAGAAAACUCCAACAAAUAUAGGAAGCGGGGCAUUUUCAGAAUCCCGGACAGAACCGUCCGUAGAGAAUACGAAGAAGAGCCGGAAGUCAUAACCACGGUGAACAGCAUCGCAAUAAAUCCAUCUCAGGACAGAAUUUUAGUAACUUGUCGAGAGAUGCAGUUAUGGAGUGAACGUUUAUUUGUUCACGAUAAAUUUACAGGGCCGGAAGUAGACUUAGUAGAUUUUGGAUAUUCAGUUCAUUUGGGAAAUAUUGGAGGACUGUCGGUUUGUAGAUGGAAACCGAUUGUGUUAAGUAUAGGUUGCCGAGACAGAUCAGUAAAAAUUUGGAAUUACGAAACGUAUGACGUAGAAUUGGUACAAAUUUUUGAAGAUGAUAUAUAUUCAGUGUCUCUGCAUCCUACUGGACUCUACACCGUUAUAGGAUUUUCUGAUAAACUUAGAUUUAUGACCAUUAUGAUAGACGAAAUUGUUUUGACCAAGGAAUUUAGCAUAAGAAAUUGCGAUAUGACAAGAUUUAGCCAUAUGGGUCAUCUCUUUGCUGCUGCAAAUGGAACCGUUAUACAAAUAUAUUCAGCGGUCACAUUCGAAUUAAUGUAUAUGUUAAAGGGGCACAACGGAAAGAUAACAGGCUUAGCAUGGUCAAAUGACGAUACCAUCUUAGCUAGCUGUGGUAUGGAAGGCGCCGUUUACCUAUGGGACGUCGUAAAAUCUGCCAGAAUACAUGAAACAGUCAUCAAAUCGGUUCAAUCCAAAGGAAUCCAAUUAAGCAGAGAUGGAAAAAAUGCAUUUGCAGUUGGACAGGACGGACAUGUUAGGGAAUACUUUAGUUCCAACGUACAAAGAGACGUAGUGAUUCCACCUGGCGCUCCCUUGGAUGCUAUUGUUCUUUCAGCCCUAGAUAAUAUGAUGUUUGUUACUGGUAAUAACGGUGUGGUUUAUGUUGUAAAAAUGCCUUUGCUUGAGAAAGCAGAAGUUGUGGAGUAUAAUAUGCACAAUAGAACUAUUUCCAAGAUGGUGCUAUCAUGCGACGAUAAAUAUCUAAUAACUGCCUCAGUAGAAGGCAUAAUUACGUUUUGGAAACUUCUAAACACCGAAGACAAAGCAAUCAAAUUAGAUUUGAUAUCAUCAAGUGAGAUUCUUAUAUCGAAACAAAUAUUAGAGGACAAGAUGAUGCAGAUAAGAAAUCUCCAAAUUAGAAUGAGAGAACUAGAAACAGAGCAUUCUUAUCAGAUGCGGCAAAGUGACGCACUUGCUGCUAGUAAACUCAAAGAUAUUCACACGCAAUAUUGCAAUGCAAUUGAAGAGCUAAAAUUAAAAAACGAGCAAAUGGAAGCAGAGCACAUUCAAGAAAUUAAUAACAUCAACGCACAAAUCAGUCAGAUGAAAUCAAACCAUGAAUUAGUUUUACAAAAAUUAGAAGCCACUUACAAUGAAAAACUAAUUGCAGAGUACGAAAAAUUUGUAAGUUUUGAAAAUAAAAUGAACAGAAUGUUAACUGAUGUUAAUAUGAGAUAUACGGAGUUACAAAAAGCCAAAGAUGACUCUGAGGCGGCCAUUACUGAAGACUAUGAAAUAAAACUGCAGGAAGCAAAACUUGCCUAUGAUGAAUUAAUGGAAUUGAAUCAAACCCAAGGCCAAGAACAUGAAAUUAUAAAACAACAAAUAGAAGAUGACGCUGACAGAGAAAUUUACGAACUAAAAGAAUCUCAUACAAAGGAAUUAAAAGAGGAACAAGAUAUAAAUGUUAGACUGAGAAGUGAAAUAUCUGUAGUUAAAAAGAAAUAUCUUUUAUCUCAGAAAGAAGUAGAGGAUCUCAAACACAAAGUUUUCACUAUGGAAAACGAGCACAUUAAAUUCAAGAACUUUAUUUAUGAAUUAGAAAAGGAAAUAAUAGACUCAAAGAAAGAAAUUCAAGAAAGAGAUCAAACUAUUGAGGAAAAAGAAAAAAGAAUAUUUACCUUGAAGAGUAAAAAUCAAGAGCUUGAAAAGUUUAAGUUUAUUUUGGACUUUAAAAUUAAGGAACUUAAGUCACAAAUCGAACCAAAGGAAAGGAUUAUCACCGAACAGAAUGUUCAAAUUAACGAAAUGGUUAGAGAAUUAGAAAACCUUCAAAAAGUUAUUUUAGGUUUAGAUCUACAACUAGGUGAACUAAAGGAAAAGCUAGCAGCGGCUAGUAAUGAGGUCCGAAAAGAAAUUGAAAAGAACAGAAGAAUGAAGAAAUCGUUACAAGAUAUACGAGUCGAUAUUCACCACGCCAGUGGGUAUAUACAGAAUGUUCCAAUGUUACAGAAAUCUGUUAAGGACAUGUAUCAUAAAUACAACGCAGAUAAAGACUUCGAAGCGACACAGAAAGAAGACACAGAGGCCAAGAACGAAUUCUUGCGGCAGAGAGACUUCUUGGAACGUACCGUUGCUACACUACAUGAGCAGGCUACAAAGAACACCAGUUUACUGAGUUACGAUAAAGUAAGGCUUGUCGAUGAAAAUGCUGCACUGUUGGAAGAGACGAAUCAACUAAGAAAAAAUCUAGUGUCAGAAGUAACACUAAACCGAAAAUUGAACUCGCUAAUAGGUAUGUCACGAGUUACGCCACAGCAAGCUCAGCAAAAAGUUAGUUUCGCAACUGCUACUAAUAAAGAAAUUCAUAAGCAGUAUACAGAACAAUUGGAGCAAAACGCUUAUUCAUUGGAGGCUAUGCAACAAGAGAACCUAAGAUUAGUGAACAAAAUCAUAGAACAGAGUCAAGAGAAGAGUCAGCCAAAAGAAAAAUAAUUUUAUUGAAAUACUUUUGUAUUGUAUUUUAUUUAUAAUUAUAUAUUAUUUUUAUAU